CCUUGACCCUACACCGCCCAGGAGGUGGCCGCACCCGCUAGCGGGCAAAGUGCGGGACAGGGCGUGGAGCUCGGGGGAGCAGCAGCCAUGGAGCGCCUGCCAGCCACCUGGUUCUGCGGCAUCGUGGUCCUGCUGGGUGCUGCUCUCCUCCUGCCCACAGCCAGGGGCACCCAGGCUCCCAGUGACAUCGGGAAGGUCAUGGCCAUGGAGCAGCAUUCCAACAAAGAAAAUGCCCUGGGUGUACAAGCUGUGGAACUGAAAGAGGAAGGUGAGGUGACCAACAAGAUGGAACCAGGUGUAAAGGUCUUCUCCAGCAGCACCCGGGCUCAAUGGAGCCCUCAAGUCCAGGAAGGACCAGAGGAGGACCGUGACCACCUCUACCACCCCCAGGACGAUGGCAUGGAAGCUGGUGUGCAUGGGCCACGUUGGAUGCUAUCUCUAGAGGUGCAGAGCAGCCCAGAGGAGGACCGUGACCAUGUCUACCACAGCUGAGCAGACUUCAGCUGUGAAAUGAGGGGUGGGAGCUGCCCCCCCCCAUGGUUCCUGAGGAGGCUUAUCUGUUUCUCCCUCCCAACUCUUGAGUAAACCCA